CGCUGGGCGUGGGGCCUCUGUGGUGGUCCUGAUGUGCCCCAUGCCGCAUUGUCUGUAUCUACAGUCAACACAGAGAGCCGCGGCGUGGGGAUCAAGCAGAGUCAGCUCUCUGUGAGCUCCCACAUUGUGCAAGAGGAUGAAUUGUUGAAAGCUGUAAGAAGUAACGAACCAUUGCGUCUAACGUUCACUCUCCACUUGACCGAGAGUACAUCCGUCGAAUGGGAGACAGUAGCGUGGCGCCGUUGUCUAUACAUUCGCGUACCGAGCUGCCUUCUGCCCGAAGGAUCAAAAGAGGGCUUUCUUUCGCUCCUAGAAUACGCCGAAGAAACACUGCGUUGUACCAAUAUCAUUGUCUGCCUUCGCAAAGAUAGAUCAGAUCGAGCAAUGCUGGUUCGUACCUUCAUGUUCUUGGGCUUCUCGGUCCUGCCACCAACUCAUGCCUUGGUACCGCCAGGCAGUGAUGCUGGCAAUCUCUACAUGCUCUAUGCCAUCGAGUAAUCGGCAAAGCAGUUUGGCCUCUCUCAAAUUUAACGCGUACCGCCACAUAUAGUUAUGAAAUUCUGACAAGGAGACAAUUGGAAAUUAUUUAAUGUUUAUCUUAUAUUUAUAAGUUUUCUUAUAUAUAUAUAUAAUUUGCGUUUUUAUUUAAUUAAAAUUUAGGAAUUUAAGUUUCGACAAGAAAAUUGAACAUUAUAAAAAUUUGAUGUAAAAACAAAUUUACAUUAGGUGAUCACACAGAAAACACCUUAGCGUUAAAUUUAAGAGGCUUGAUAGAGAAAUAAAAAAAUAUAGUCGGGAAUACGUAGAAUGCGUACAUAAAAGGCUUUCGAUGGGUAUAUCGAUUCAUUCUCUUGAACACAAUGUUAAUAAUUAUUGUAAGAGCAUAUAAGCUGCUGACAAAGCUUCCCACGUGACGAAAUUUGACGGAAUUUGGAAUCGCGUAUUAACAACUGAAUGCGACGACAAACUGUUAAAUUUUAGAGAAAAUUUAUUAUCGAUAUAUCUCAAUGUUAAUUGUGGCAGAUUGGGUAUCACCGCAAUAUUCUUCGUUAAUAUAGGUACAUUUUCUUAUUUGUAAGUAUUAUUGAUCACGUGUAAUCUAGAUUUAAUACUUGCGUUGUUUGCGUGCGCUCAUGAAAUUCAUUCAAUGAGUUAAUUUUUAUCCUUUCUAAGGUGCAUAAAUUAGUUGACAUUGAUAUUCUUUAUAAUUAAUUAAUUGACAUUCUUUAUAACAGAUAUGUAACUACAAGAUGUAAUUAUUUUUAUUUUGCAGUUCUGAUAGUUUAAAGUUUCUGUUAAGUAAAAAACUGUGAAAGUAUGAAGUAAACAAAAAUUUUGUUAACUGCAUUGAUUUAAAAAUCUUUAUGAAUAAUUUUUAUAAAAUAUGUUCGAAUAAGUUCAGUGCUCUCCAAUUUAGCACUUAUUAUAAGAAGCAAAUGCAAAAUUGGUAGCACAACACAUUGCUAAUUUGAGAUUUUUGAUUAGAAACAGUAUGUUAUACCAAUAAUCGAAAAGAACAAAAUAUUUCGCGGUUUUUAACAUUUUUUUUAAAUUGGAAGAGAUACAGGAUUACUAUAAAUCAUAUUCAUCGUUAUAUUAUAAGAGAGAGCCUUAUCUUAUAACUUUUUCUUUACUGGUAUAGAUUCUUAAGUAUAAGUAAUAGUAUAAUUUGGUAAUCCCCAAUCAGUUAACAUUGAAGAGAUUUUGCUAAUAAAUGCGUUCUUUAGUGUUGACUUGAUAAUGGACAACAUGAAAAAUAUAAAAAUACAAAAAAAAAUGAAAAAUAUCACAAAAAGAAUAAAAAAAAGUGUUAAUAGCUUAUUAGGAAUAUAGAUAAAGAUAAGUACAGAAUGACGGACUAUUGUAUGUUAACUUCACGCAAAUAAUUAUCGAAAAUUUUGCCUCAAGUUUUUAAAUUGAUAAAUAAUUCCGUGCGCGUUUUAUCCCGUCAGUUAGUAUUAUAUAUUCGUAUCUCUGACCACACAUACACAUACAUUCAUACACACACACACACACACACACACGAAAAGUAAAUAUGUAUGCUACAUUUCUUAUUCAUACAUGAAGACGUAAUUGCUAAAUAAACAUUUAAUAAAACUAUAUAUAUAUAUA